AUAGGUUCUCCAUUGAGACGCUUCGCCAUCUUGAAUUUAGUGAAAAUUGCAGUUGACUAAACAAACACAGAACAACCAAGACAUGAGCGGCUCUAACUCUCGAAACGAGACGGCAGCCACAGUUAAAGGACCGGACACCGAUAUGGGGCUGGCUGCAAAUUCCAGGGAGCGAAAGUCCGGUGGAGAUGUUAUGAAGAGACUCAAGUCGCGACGAAAUCAAACGGAUAAACAGCGGCCCGUUGUUACAGAAGAUGAGCUCAGGGCGCUAGGAAGAGACAUCACACCAGAUGAAAUCCUUGGUCUGUGUGCUGUUACACGGGAUUAUCUAUGUAAACCUGAGGACAAUGUCUACAAUAUUGACUUCACACGUUUCAAGAUCAGAGAUCUGGAGACUGGGACAGUGCUCUUCGAGAUUGCUAAACCUCACAACUGUGACCCUGAAGAUGAGGAGAAUGGAGAUGGAGACACCAGUUCUGGGCGCUUUGUGCGCUAUCAGUUCACGCCAGCCUUCCUCAGACUGCGGAAUGUUGGUGCAACUGUGGAGUUCACCGUGGGGGACCGGCCUGUUAACAGCUUUCGCAUGAUAGAGAGGCAUUAUUUCCAGAAUAAAGUUCUCAAGAACUUUGACUUUGACUUCGGAUUCUGCAUCCCAAACAGCCGGAACACUUGCGAACACAUCUAUGAGUUUCCCCAGCUCCAUGAGGACCUCAUUGGCCUAAUGGUGGAGCACCCGUAUGAGACCAGGUCAGACAGCUUCUAUUUUGUGGACAACAAACUGAUCAUGCACAAUAAGGCAGACUACGCCUACGAUGGGGGCCAGUAGUAUCUGAAGAUUAGCUUCUUGUUUGCAAUGCAAAGCAGGAGUCACAUUGCCCCUGAAUACAAUCAUCAUGUAGCUCUUUUGGGAACAGGAGUGUACUUUCUCCACUUCAGACAUUCCAACAAACUAUACCAGCCCCAGGUUUGGAGAAAAGGGACCAUAUCUACCUUCCAAACAGGUUGCUUCAUUUAUUUGAUACCUCGUACCCAUCUAUUGCUUGGACUCAUAGGAAUCUCUUGUCAAUCACUCUUUUGUAAUGUUGAACAUGUUUUAAUUUGUCUUUUCUAAUGUUUCCACAUUUAAAUGGUUACUUUACUGCUUAUUUCAA